AUGACGGGCGCGCGGCCGUGCGCCGCGGAGAAGCGCAGGGCCCGGGAGCACGGCGGCGGCGGCGGCGGCAGAGGAGCGGCGGCCGAGGCGGCGGCGGGCGGCAUGACCGGGCCGCGGGGCGCGGGCCGGGCGCUGGCCGCGCUGCUGCUGGCGGCGUCGGUGCUGAGCGCCGCGCUGCUGGCCCCCGGAGGCUCUCCGGAGCGCGACGCCGAGACCGCCCCGCCGCGAGACUUAGAUAAAAAAAAGCAUGUAGACCUGAAGAUGGACCAGGCUUUGCUGCUCAUCCACAAUGAACUACGCGGAAUAAACCUGACUGUCUUCUGGAAUUCCGAACACUGUUAUCACUGCUUGUUUCAGGUUCUGGUAAAUGUUUCCUGGAGUGGGAAACCCGGGAAGCCUAGCAUUGCCACGGGGGCAGUGAGCACCCAGCAUGGAUCUCUCCUGCAGCUUAAUGACACCUUGGAAGAGAAAGAAGUUUGUAGGCUGAAAUACAAAUUUGGAGAAUUUGGAAACUAUUCACUCUUGGUAAAGCACACCCAUAACGGAGUCAAUGAAAUUGCUUGUGACAUCAUUAUCAACAAGAAUCCAAUUGACAGUAACCUUCCUGUGUGUAUUGCGUUCCUUGUUGGUGUGGCGCUCAUCAUUGCAGUAUCCUUUCUGAGGUUGUUGUUGAGUUUGGAUGACUUUCAUAAUUGGAUUUCUAAAGCAAUUAAUUCCCGGGAAACUGAUCGUCUUAUCAAUUCUGAGCUGGGGUCUCCAAGCAGGGCAGGCUCCAUCGGUGGUGAUGCUCAACUGGAAGCAUGGUGUCCGCCCACUGCAACGCCGCGCCUCCGCUGCGUAGACACAUUCAGGGGGAUAGCUCUCAUCCUCAUGGUCUUCGUUAAUUAUGGAGGAGGAAAAUAUUGGUACUUCAAACACUCAAGUUGGAAUGGACUGACAGUGGCUGACCUCGUAUUCCCAUGGUUUGUCUUUAUUAUGGGGUCUUCAAUUUUUCUAUCAAUGACUUCCAUACUGCAGCGAGGAUGUUCAAAAUUCAGAUUGCUGAGGAAAAUUGCAUGGAGGAGUUUCCUGUUAAUCUGUAUAGGAGUGGUCAUUGUGAACCCCAAUUAUUGCCUUGGUCCAUUGUCUUGGGAUAAGGUGCGAAUUCCUGGCGUGCUCCAGAGGCUGGGGGUGACCUAUUUUGUGGUUGCUGUGUUAGAGCUCAUCUUUGCUAAACCUGUCCCUGAAAGUUGUGCCUCGGAGAGAAGCUGCUUUUCCCUUCGAGACAUCAUCUUCAGCUGGCCCCAGUGGCUCUUCAUUCUGAUGCUGGAAAGCAUUUGGCUGGGCUUGACAUUCUUCUUGCCUGUUCCUGGAUGUCCUACUGGUUAUCUCGGCCCUGGUGGCAUUGGAGAUUUGGGGAAGUAUCCAAAUUGUACCGGAGGAGCUGCUGGCUACAUUGACCGCCUGCUUCUGGGUGAUGACCACAUUUACCAGCAUCCUUCUUCGGCUGUGCUUUAUCACACUGAGGUGGCCUAUGAUCCAGAGGGAAUUUUAGGGACCAUCAACUCCAUUGUGAUGGCAUUUUUAGGAAUUCAGGCAGGAAAAAUACUCUUGUAUUACAAGGAUCAGACCAAAGACAUUCUGAUCAGAUUCACUGCCUGGUGUUGUUUUCUAGGGCUUAUUUCUGUUGCUUUGACGAAAAUUUCCGAAAAUGAAGGCUUUAUUCCAAUAAACAAAAAUCUGUGGUCCAUUUCGUAUGUCACCACACUGAGCUCCUUUGCCUUCUUCAUCCUGCUUAUCCUGUACCCCAUCGUAGAUGUGAAGGGACUGUGGACGGGAACCCCAUUCUUCUACCCAGGAAUGAACUCUAUUCUGGUGUACGUUGGCCACGAGGUGUUUGAGAACUACUUCCCCUUUCAGUGGAAGCUGCAGGACAACCAGUCACACAAAGAACAUCUAACUCAGAACAUAGUUGCCACUGCUGUUUGGGUGCUCAUUGCCUACAUUCUCUAUAAAAAGAAGGUUUUUUGGAAAAUCUGACAGCUCCAGCUGAAAUGUGUUGCUGGCAGACUCUAGUGGGCCUGGGGGGAAUGUUGAAGCAGCCUUUAUUAAAGGGAACCGUGAAUUAUAAAA